ACAUAAUUGCUUACCUUUCUAAAUAUAUAGAAAUAAGCAAUUAUAUAUAUUUUUUCGACGAACUAGUGGUGUUUUAGCCACAUAUGGUACUACAAGAUAAUAGUACUACAACUCGGGUGAUGGAACCUAUAUACCAAAAGGAAAAAAAGUUAUCUCAAUGGACUUUCAGAUUCUGAAAUUCUCAUCAUUUAAAACUCUGAUUUUUAACCCCAGAUUCCAACCGAAAAAAGUAGUCCACAUUCAUGGCCUGUCCAAUACCCAAUUCAGAGUUGUAGCAAAGGCUGGAGCAGGGUCCGUUCAGAAGUCAGAGGAGGAGUGGCGCGCCAUUCUCUCCCCUGACCAAUUCCGGAUUCUGAGGCAGAAAGGCACAGAGAAUCCAGGGACAGGGGAGUAUAACAAGUUUUUUGGUGUAGGCACCUACCUGUGUGCUGGUUGUGGAACUCCCCUCUAUAGGUCUGCAACAAAAUUCAACUCACCCUGUGGCUGGCCUUCUUUUUAUGAGGGUCUCCCCGGGGCCAUAAAUCGCAAUCCUGAUCCGGAUGGGGUGAGGAUGGAGAUAACUUGUGCUGCUUGUGGGGGUCAUCUUGGUCAUGUUUUUAAAGGUGAAGGGUUUCGUACCCCAACAAAUGAGCGCCAUUGUGUCAACAGUAUAUCCCUCAAGUUCAAACCACCAAAUUUUUAAUGCCUCGUGCUGAAUUUACUGGAACCCUACAUGCAUCAAAGAAAUUUUUAAAGACAGUAACAGAAGUAAAUGCAGAUGUGCGGUUUAUGACUUGCACCCGAAAAUGAGAGGGGGGAAAUGCAAAAGCAUGAUGGCUUACCCUGAUAUCCCAAUGUGGAGUAAAGAGAUGUUUGCUGCUUUCAGCCUUCAGUGUGGAGCCAAAACUCAUCUCCCACACUUAAGUGAACCAACAUAGAUGCGCGGCAUAUGAGCUAUUUUUCGCCAUUCCCGUUCAAGAUGAGGGCAGUCUUGAAUUGACAAAUGCUGAAGAGUAUUGAGGUGUUUUAAUCCUUCUGGCAAUGACAUGAAACAUGUGCAAUUUGAAAUUGCUAAAGAUCUAAGAUAAGAAAGUUUAGCAAGCCAGUCAGGAAGAUCUGCAAGAUCAGGACUGCUAUGGAUUAGCAGACUUUGCAACGUAGUGACAUGUUGAAGGCCAAGUGGUAAUGGGCGUAGUUCAGGGCAGGAUAUAAUAUUCAAGCUCCGUAGAGAUGAGAGAUUCUGGAAACUAUCUGCAGAUAAGUUGACCGAGGGCAACCCACAAUAGAGAGCUGUUCUAAGAUUGUGAGAUGGAGGAAUCCACUUGAUAGAGAAAUCAGGUUGCUGCAAUUCCCAAUGAACAAGCUUUAGGGAGUUGAAACCUGCAAUUUCUUCUGUUGGCAAUGACUCUAAGCAGUGGCACCCGUUGAUAUCAAGGUACUCCAAAGCUUUCAGCUUUCGAACUCCAGCUGGCAAAUGGGUUAGUUUUUCGCAGUAGCUAAUGGUCAGUGACUUCAGAUCGAUGGGAUGCUCUAUUUCUGAAGGAAGCGAAACGAGAGACUUUUGCAUG